AUGUAUUUUAGACAAGAUAAUCGGGCAACAAUUCAAGAUGAAUGUAGUCCAUGGAAUUGGAGAGAAAUUUAUGAAGUUGAUCGUAAAAAAGAUGAACCAGCAUUACUUAACGAAAGAGAUUUUCGCCACAAGAAAGGAGGUCCAUUAGGCGUAUUACAUGAAAAACGUCUACUGAACGAUUUAAUGCAAAUGGCUAGGUUACGAUUACGAGCAUGUGAUGAAGAAGGUGUUCAAAUUGUUGUUGAAACAGCCAUUGGACUUGGAGUCUUUUCUGGUGAAGAUAUUGGAGUUGAUGAAACAGUACAAAUAACCUCUGCGAUAGCCAUUCGAGCAGUACUUGAACAAGAUGGACCUAGUUAUAAAAAUAUUCGUGGAAUAAUAUUUGCUUUACCAAUUAUCGAUGUAGACAAGAAUUUCAUAAGCACUGGUGACACUUUUAGUGAGUUUAUUGAACAUUUUCAGGAACCACCGUAUAAUGGUCCCAUACCUGUAAUGAUUGCUGACCAAGAUAUGCAUCGAUUGGCAGUAGCUAUUGCUCGUCGUGGUUUUAUUGUUUCUGAAUUAAACCCUGCUGAUUCACAUGGUGUUUUCGGUGAAUAUUGGCAAAAUCGAGGACCAGCUGUAGAAGAAAAACUGGCUUUGACAACAGUCGGUUUACUCGUACAACAUCAUCUCAUCAAUAAAGAAGUUCUUAAUGAAAAUAACUAUUAUAUCAUAUAA